ACUUCGGUUAAGUUGAUUUGAAAUUUCGGGCGUCGGCUUCUAAUGGACGACAAUUGUCGAAACGGUGUGAUUUCAUGUUUAUGUUUAUGACUUGAUCGACUGAAAUUUUCAACAAUUAUAAUACUAAACUAUCGUUGAAAAAAAUUGAUAUGUAUCAUCAUAAUAUCGUAGUGAGAAACAAAUGUUAUCGUAGGAAACAGUGAAAGUAAUAUUUAUAAACUAACCUUUAAUGUUACGGUAUAAAACAAUUCCAAAAUACGUCGUUUCAAGUAUUCGUAAGAAAUACAAUUGACAUAGCGAUAAAAAAAACUGACAUAUUUGUAAAAUGAAUUACGGAAAAAAAUCUCCCAGCAUGGGUACACCGUCGGUAUAUUCCCACGUUACUACACGUAGCAGUGCAAAUUUAAAAUCUUCACGAUCAACGCGCAGUGUUAAAACACGUUGGUAUCAGAAACCAAUUUUAUCGCAUUCAUAUUUACUCAAUAUUCAAAGAGGCGCCAUGUUUACAGCUAUAUUUGCACUGUGUUUAGCCACUUUCACCAUAUGCACAUCUAUAUUUGAUCUUUAUUGUCUUUAUGAAGCUGCACCGGGCUCAACCCAUUAUGGCUAUUACAUGAUAUCAUAUGAAUUUGUUUAUGUGGGUAAUCGGCAUGUACGUAAUGCUCUCGUUGUUUUUGCUUUGUUCUCUAUGCUUGGAGGAAUAAUAGUGUUUGCAACAUCCUUGAUAUUGACAGCUGCUUUAAGAAAAGAAUAUGAGAAGAAGAUGGUACCAUGGCUCUACAGUUUUGCAGUUUUCAUUGUUUUCAGAUUUUUUGCUUUUAUCUUCUUUAGUAUAGUAAAUGACAUGAUAUUUGCUUAUAACAUUACAAUGUGCAUCUUAUGGAUGACGUUCAUUUGUUCUUCCAUUUAUGGAUGGUUAAUAGUGUAUUCUUUAUAUGUAGAAUUGUGCGAUCUUACGAGAUUAGAAGAUUUGGCUCACUUAAGAAUUGGAACUAUGCAGUCAUUAAAUGCAUCUACUACACAAUCCAUCGCUGGUUCUCGUCCAACAACACCACAUAGUGCGGUAUCUGCACUACCAACGAAUUAAAACAGAACAAUUUGAUAUUCUAUCAAAUUGCAAUGACAUCGUUCUUGUUUCAUUAAUACGGAUAACAAAAAAUUAACGAUAUAUACAUGCUGCAUUAAACUGAAAAGAUUUAGAUGAGGAGGUUGAAUGUAUUACGUAGUGUUACGAUAUUACACAAUGGCGUAAAACGUAAAGUAUAUAAGUAUACUAAUCCGUCCAAUAAUUUUGAAAUUCCGUCCAAAAUCAUAAUAAAUAACGAGCUUUUAAAAAUAGGAACUCGUAAAGAACGUCUUACUGAACUUGUGUUCUUGCUUGGAUGUAAGAUUAAAAAGUAUAUAAAAAAAAUCUUGCAAUCGUUUAUUGUCGUAUUUCAUUUUUAUUAAUAAAACUUUUUAAUAAUAAAACUUUGAUAUUCGUUAUUAGUUUGUCUCUUGAACUUGAUUAUCCAUUUACAUCGUUAAUCAUUUUUUAUACGAAUUAUAAUUAUAUGUUAAUUAUUUUGUGUCAGGAAAUCACGUAUCUACAAAUUUUGAUUACUCUUUUUUUUAGAAGUGAAAUUAUCUCCAUCGCAAUCAGUUGUCAGUAGAUACUCGGGUCAAUUCAGUUGCAGUUAGCUUACGAAAGAGUGAGUAUGUAAAGUAAAUAAUUCUUCCAAGCAGAUUUAAGAAAAAUAUACCGAUUGGUAUGAUUAGCUUCAGAAGUAUUCCGAAUGUAGCCGUCAAUAUAUACAUAGCAAUUGCAAGACACAUUUUUUUUCUAUUAUAAUACCAUUAACUAGAUGUACGUAUGUAUUUGUAAAGAACAAAAGAAAAAUGAAAAAAGUAACAUCGAAUAUAAUUAAAAACGAGAUCUCGAUAAUCGGUCAUUAAUAUGUAUGGCAAUGUACAUAUAUAGUACAUUUUAUAAUAUAUUUUUUACAUAAAUUAUCAAAGAUGUUGUAGAUUUAGCAAUUUCUUAUCAAUGUAAUUCUUAUGAAAAAUAAAUCUUUUGUAAAAACGACGUUCAUCCAGUGUAUGUUCCAUUAUAUGUAUACUUCAAUGUAUCCUUAUUUGACUGUGUUUGCUAUCACAAAUAGUGAAUAGAUAUCAAAUCACGAGAUCGGUAGAGUAUUAAAUUAAAAUUAAAUUAGUAGGAUAAAAGGCAAGGGAUGGAUGUGAAAUAUGUAACUAAUACUAACAGCAACGUACUUUGGAAUUUUUCGGUAUGACCUUUGGAGCGACGACGACUUGAGAGGGGCAACUAACUGAGGAGGAGUGAAUGAUGCAAGAAAAAGAAAGUGGAUAAACGAGUAAUUUAAGAAGAAAAGAUUUCAGAAGAUAGUGGUAGAGACGGCGGUAAGAGUGAGCUUGUCGAACAAUCUAAAAUAAAAAGAUGAAAGAAUCCCAAAUUCGGUACGUAUGUAUUUUCUUAUGUUUAAAGAAUGAAUAAUUAUACAUGUAUAUUGUAUACUUGCACAUUAUUUAUUAAUUUACGUAUACUAUAAAAGACGUCCUCCAUUGAUAUUUGGAAAUGAAUGAAAUACGUUGUGGAAUCUUAUGCAACAAUUGUAUAUUUAUUAUCGAGUGACAUUAAAUACAAUGCGAUUCGAACCGGCAUGACCAGUUGCCGUUACCAAACCGAUCACAACUGGCUAUCUAUACGCGAUAUCUUGUCAUCACAAGAGAUAACAGAGCAAGCAAGUCGAAUCAAUUGUGAUUUCCAUAAAAAGGAAACUAUGUUUUAUUACAAAUGAAAGCGUAAAGUACAAGAUUUGCACACCUUUAAAACACAAUUGAAAAUUAGGCGGUAUUGCCUUAAUUUCCCAAUAAGCGGAAAAUAUGUCCUAUAAGAACGUUCGUGAAAUAAAGGAAAAGAGAAGGAAAGAGAAAUGAAAG